AUGCCUGGUGAAAGUGCGGUAAAGGUAGGCUACUACGAUCCGUUUGGGAUCUGGCCGAGACUCCAAGAGCAGGUCACCACCAAGCUCCCCUUCCAAAAUUUCCACGUGAGGCUAGACCCACGACAGACGCUCAAGACCAUCAGCCAGCUAGAAGUGGGAUUCGAGGAAGAGGUGCCGAAAAAGGGAGAAUACCACGCUUUUCAAGAUGACCGUAUCAACAGCUCCACUUAUGUGCGCAUGAUGUUUGUGACAAUCGAAGACAUGGAUAAAUACCGAGGCCAAGUUCGACCGUUGAUUCGCGAGUGGUUGAAAAAUCUCGUCUUCAAGACCCACAACCUCUCGUGGAUGAUUGUGCUAUAUAUACCUCCUGACUCCAAGGAUAGGAACAGCUCUCUUAUCAAGACUUCAUUUUUCGAUAAGCUAAAGAUUGACUUUGGGCCACAGGGUAAGCAAUUGCACACGAUCUUGCCUGGCGCGGAAGAGAUUUUGAAAAUACCCGGCGAAAGGUGUUUUAAACUCAAGGCAAAUGCCAAUGAAGGGAACGAGCUACUAAACCAGGUCAAAAUCUUGCUCGGGUCUUCUUUUAGUGGGAGGUUCAUUAGAUAUAACGAGCUAAUUUCGCAAACUGGUUCUAAAGGCAAGACCCAGUUGUUGGCAAGACUCGAGUUGGGCUAUCUUUUCCAGGACAUGAAGUUGCUACAAGAUGCUUUGAACACGAACGAGCUGCUAUUACAGGAUUUGAAGCUUUUGAUUGCUCAGCGUCGUCCUGAAACCUUUGAUUACAAGGUGACACUACCAGACUCGCUUGAUGAUUUCGAAUUUGAACAACUUGUCGACAAAACCAACAGUGAAGAGCAGUUGCUCUCUGCCGGCGCCGUGAAUCUAUUCCAGUUGCGGUGCCUUUUUUUCCACAUUGAAAGCAAUAUAUUAAUGGCCAUAGCUGAAGAGGCGAUGAAGAAAUCGUUGUUUCCCACGGCGUCAAGGGAAAUAUCUCGGUUAUUUCAAAGAGUAAUGAUGUUUCUCAGCGAAAUUGAGGCCGAGUUUACUCGCAGUUGUGAAUUGGAGUAUGUGGUCACCAAGUAUUUCCUCGAGUUGCCCACACCCGUUGGAAAGUUGCUUGAAUUGUUUGAAAGUAAUUUAAACUCCACACAGGAGACUAAAGAAGAGCUGGUGCAAAUGCCAGACUUGAUGGAGAUGGUUGCUGAAUUAAAAUUGUUUCAGAAAUCGGUGGUCAGCAAACUCGCACGAAGCCGCGGCAUCGAGAUCGAAGGUUUGGACGUGGUGGUGCUUGAAGAUAUCGACUUGAACCAAGAGACUCCAGACCCGCCUGCUGCAAGGUUGGAAACAAUUCCCUUGACAAACGGAUCGUUGAUGGCGAUACUCAAGGACAAGUCCACCUACAUGGACUAUUUUGAAACCACCACAGAGGAAGCCAUUGAGUAUUUGGUGAAAUGCAACCGAGAUCGAACCAUUGACAUUCUCUCGUUGGACUUGGCAAUGGUAAACUACGCAAGGGGAAACUACCGAGAGUGCAUUGCUUCCUUGUCGUACGAAUACUUCACGCUGAAUGGAUGGAGUCUCAUCGGAGGUGUCCUCCUCGACGUCUAUUUGAAAUGUAUCGAGAAGUUGGAACCCGAAAACAAGAAGGAGAUUUUGGAUGCAAGCGUGGUGCUAUUGUCGCGGACCAAGUCGUUGGCGAUAUUGCAGGACAAGUCCCGGAUCGAAAAGCUUUACAAAACUAUAGUCGAGACUCGAGGCGACAAUUUGCAAAAGCUAAGCUAUCCACUAGAUAAGAUUUUCGACAAUGUCAUGGUGGACUCUUUUGUUUACCCAGACCUUGACGUUGACGAGGACAAGUACAUCAUCAAAAUCACACUUGUUAAUCCGUUUGCAAUCCCCAUUACUUUAUCGCACGUGGCACUAACUUUGCAAGAUAAGAGCGAAGGAUCCAGCGUCGUUUUUAGCUGUUCUAAUCUCCAGUUGAAGGAAUCCAAGGGUAAGCAAGACUUUCAACUAAGCACCAAUGGAAUCAAGUUUGGUGUCUUUGCAUGCCAUGAGUUGGAAGUCUCCCUUGGCGAGCAUCUUUUGUUGCAACGGGUAUAUAAAUCAGAGACUACCAAGGUCAACACGCCCUUGGUCAACCAGAAACAUAUUGGCCCCGGUGAUCUCUUGAUCCACCAAAGUGUUGAGAAACUCCAGGCUAGAUUCAUAAGAGCCUCGUCGCGCACGUUGAAGGAGAACCAUCCAAUUUUGCAAAUCACCAAUGGGAACAAUUGCAUUAAGAAGUUAAAGAUUACAUUGACUUCCCACCACAUAAACAACAACAACACCCAAAUUAGAUUCAAUGAGCCCGAAUUAGAGGUGAAUGAACUUUCGCCCGGAGAAACUAGGCAAAUCACUACACCUUGCACGGUUUCACCAGAGGCCAAGGAGGCUCAUUUACAAGCUACUGGAACUUACGAGAUUGGAGGCGAAGAAUUCAGCUUUCAAAUUUCAAACGGCAUUGAUAUCAGCUUGAGCAUCGCUGUGUCGGUGCAAGAUGUGUUUAAGCCCAAAUUCCUUUACUCGAGGUUCCACGUUAGCAGCGUCAAUCCUCAUAUACCAAUCAAGUUGAUUUCGCACAGUUUGGAGAGCUCAAGUUACAACAUCAGAGGUGGCAUACAAAUGCCGGGUGUGAUUGCUUCUGGCGAGCAACCUGCAUCGCUCGUUUACCGCAUUGAACCAAGAGCAAGAACUCAAGAAGCUGUUGAUUCAGUGUUGAAGUUGACGAUCAAUUACAAGAAUGUGGAGCUUGAAACCCAACGGGCGUUUGUAAAUUACUUGAAGGACCUUUUUGAGAAGCACAAUAAGGACAUGUUGAAGUACUGGUACGUCUGCGAGGAUUAUCUCUUGCCUCAUGCCAAGUUCAACUUGGACAAGUACAUCACCUCGGGCGAGCUUGAGAUUACAAACUCGAAAAAGUUUUUGGAUGACGGGAGAAAACUAUUAGCUCGAUACGUUGACGGGUCCCUGGAUCGCAAUACGCUUUUGGAUUUGGUUUCAACUUUUUUUGGUUCAGAUCAACUGAAACAUCAUGAAGCUGCAAGUAAAGACGAUCAAUUUGUGGAAACUUUGAUUAUCGACGUCGCCGUGCCGCAACUCCAGUUCCUCCACUCUGUCGAGUUCCACUGCUCGCGGAAGCUCGUUGUUGUGGGCGAGCCCAUCCCAGUCAAGAUCACAGUUGACACCACUACGAAAUGGGCCGCCGCAAGCACGCAAGUGGGGGCAAUUUCCGAAAAUGGCCACCAGGUGGUGGGAAAAGACCGCGAUGCCAGGAAGAGUGCAAAGUUCAAAUUGGAGAUCAUCCAGAGCGCAGAGUAUCUUAUCAGCGGGCUCACGAGCCACGUGUUUGAUGUUCCCUACCUCGAUUCCAGCUUUGACUUGGACGUGAUUAUUAUCCCGCUCACCGUGGGCAAAUGGAAGUAUCCGCGCGUGGUGAUCAAGGCAGUUGAAGCGGGACCAGUUGACGACCUUUCGUUCUCGGAUGUCUAUUUGGUCAACUCGGGGGAAUUAUUGACAGUUGUGCCCUUCACCAACGAAAUUACAUUUACGUUUUAG